CUACAAUAGACCCUAAAUCUCCGGGCUGGUUAUGUAAUCAGCCGCGGUAAGAGUCAGAUCUCCCCCACAACUUAAAAGUAGCACAGUUUCCACCACUUCCUCCACAGACCACCAUGUCGCUCAAUUACCUCUCUACCGCCAGAAAGAUCCUUUGUAUUGGCCGCAAUUACGCUGCCCACAUCAAGGAGCUCAACAACGCUAAACCCCAACAGCCUUUCUUCUUCUUGAAGCCUUCUUCGUCGAUCUUGAAGCCUCAACAGGGUCCUAUUUUGACUCCCAAAGGCGUGGUUGUGCACUAUGAGGUUGAGCUUGCAUUCACGUUGAACCGUGAGUUGAAGAACCUUCCAUCCACCUUCACCCACGAACAAGCAUUGGAGGCGAUCGAGGGCUACGCUUUGACGAUCGACUUGACUGCCAGAAACGUGCAAGACGAGGCCAAGAAGAAGGGCUUGCCUUGGUCAAUUGGUAAGGGUUUUGAUACUUUUUUGCCUGUAUCCAAUUUCAUUCCAAAGGACAAGAUCAAGGAUCCUUACAACGUUGAGUUAAAGUUGAAGGUCAACGGUGAAGUCAAGCAACAGGACAAGACCGAUUUGAUGAUUUUCCCUAUCCACAAGAUCUUGAGCCACAUGUCUUCCAUUAUGACCUUGGAGAAAGGCGACUUGAUUUUGACUGGAACUCCAAAGGGUGUUGGACAAAUCCAACCAGGCGACCGCGUUGAAGCAUUCUUGAGCGUCGAUGGUCAAGAGAUCGAAAGAAUCGAGGCCGACGUUGCCGAAAAGGAUGGACCUUAUGAAUACAAGGAGAUAUAAUCACUCGUCAAUCCCAUACAAGAUAUUAAGUAUUUGUAAUAUUAAGAUACUGAAAACUAGAUCAAGAUAUGCUUUAAUAUUCUUUAAAUAAAUUCAAACUAAAUCAAGAUAUGUCU